AUGUCGCUAUUCACUGGUGCUGCCCUGGCCGUGCUCUUCUUGAGUCAGCCUGCCAUUGCCGGCUCUUUGAAGGACAUUGAGCAUGUUGUUAUUUUCAUGCAGGAAAACAGGUCAUGGAACAACUACUUUGGCACGAUGGCAGGAGUCCGGGGGUUCAAUGACCCCAACGUGCAGGUCAACCCAGAUGGUUUACCAGUCUGGUAUCAGCAAGUCGACCCCAGCAUGUCCACUAACGCCAAAACACUCCUUCCCUGGCAUCUAGGCUAUCGAGGUGGAUCUUGGCCCGAUGCAAUUCAGUGCAUGGUAGCGGGAGAUAAUGGUUAUACUGAUAACCAGGCCGCGCUCAAUCAUGGCCUGAACAAUCAUUGGGCCCGUAACAAUACGCCAUGGAGCUGGGGAUACCUCAAGAGGAGCGACAUCCCUGUUCAUUUUGCGAUUGCUGAGGGCUGGACGGCAGGUGACAUGUAUCAGGAAGCUCAGAUCACAUCCACCAACCCGAACCGUGCUACAUUGGUCAGCGGCUCCGUAAAUAUACCUGGAAGUCCGCAGAGCUCUGACCAGGGUGGACCUUAUUUGGACAAUAACGAGACUCCCGGCUGCGAUAAGAACAAUAUCAACUGUUAUCCUCUCAAGUGGAAGACCAUCUUCGAGUUUUAUGAAGAGGCUGGUGUCUCUUGGCAAGUGUAUCAGGAUGAUAACAACUUUGACGACAACCCUCUGGCAUGGUUUGAGCAGUAUCAGAAAGCGUCCGCUUCCUCGCCUCUGGCGCAAAAAGGGAUAGCGUACUUAGGACUGGAGGCGUUCUAUGAAGCAGCCGCAAACGGAACACUCCCAGAAAUCAGUUUCAUCGUUGGUCCUGCAGAGCUGUCCGAGCAUCCCCCAUACAUGCCAAAGGACGGAGCAUGGCUUCAAAAGAAGGUGGUCGACUCGGUCGUGAACAGCCCCAAGUAUAACUCCUCACUGCUGAUCGUCAGCUACGAUGAGUCUGGCGGCUUUGGAGACCAUGUCGUACCCUUCCACUCCCCCGAAGGUACUCCAGGGGAAUGGAUGGAGGACCCGUACGGCAAAUUCGGACAGAUCUUUGUCGGACCCGGUGCGCUAGAAAUUCUCCUUGUGUCAUUGGGCGGCCGUGUGUUCACCGAGCGAGCAGACCACAACUCACAGAUCCUGUUCUUGGAACAAUGGCUGACCGCUCGUGGAUACAAGAACAUUCAGACCGACCAGAUGGUGCACUGGCGUCGGGAACAUAUGUCCAGCCUUGUCAAUGCUUUGGAUUUGGAUCAUCCUGAUUACAGUAUCCCUCAUAUUCCAAAUGCCGAUGCGCCCGCCAUGGUCGGCAACUCGUAUGUCGGUACAUCCAAUUGCCAAGCCAAAUAUCCGGUUCAACGACCGCCUGUCCCGUACGGACAGCAGAACGACACCUCUGAAGCCCUAUGGUUCGAGGACGGGUACAAGGAAUGCGUUGGCUACUUGACCGAAGGUCGUUACCUGGUGUUUGAAAAAGCUGGUUAUGCACUCGCAAACGCCGGCAAUGCCACUCAACUGAGCAUAAGUCCCGCCGUUCCUGAUCACAGCGAUAAGAAACAGCGAUGGGUGAUCCACUAUUCGAAUGGCGAGGAGAGCGGGCUUUUCCUGAUCUCCAGUGCUCUGGAUGGUAAAUGGUUGGGGCCACGCGGUACCCUUCUACCAGCCAACGGCCGUGACCAGGCGGCUCAAGUUAAGAUCACCUUCCUUGGCAAUGGUCAAGGCUACGCGUUGGAGUAUGCUGCUGGAUCAAAUGAGGUCGGGUUAGGAGGAAAGUCAGGCUUCAAGGUGUGGAGUGUAACUUACCAUAACUAG